CAAUCGGUUGUCCAAUAAUAAUCCAAACAGCAGGCAGAACGCAACAGCUACCGAACCGGUCAGGGUUGUGAAUUUAGGAGAAAGAUGAGUUGUUCUCGAAUUUUAACGGCGGCAGUAUUUAUUCUACUAGGAACGUGUUGCAAUGGAGCGCCACGGUUGCGAAUCUUCGAGAAUACACCGGAAAAUAUCGCUCGCUUGAAGAACCUGAAACCCAACGAACUUGCCGAAGAGCUAAGCGGUCAAUUCGAAGGUGACAUGAUUCUCACGGAGGAACAGUACUCGGAAAUGUUCCGCAAAAACGGAAUGGUCGACGAGCGGUAUCGAUGGCCGUCGAAUAUUGUGUUCUACGAAAUCGAAGAACAAUGGUUCAACGAAGAUCAAAUCCAGUACAUUCUGAAGGGCAUGCGGUUGAUUGAGACGGUGUCCUGUGUGCGGUUCCAGCCACGUGAUCCAGACAAUUCCGAUUACAUCCGGAUCCACGGAGAUGGAUCGGGCUGCUCGGCCACGGUGGGACACAUUGGUGGCAGCCAGAACAUCAAAUUGCAGCCAUAUCCGCUGGAUAGCGGAUGCUUCCGGUUGGGUAGUAUCGUUCACGAAAUGAUUCAUGGGCUGGGCUUCCGGCAUAUGCAGAGUACGUACAACCGAGACGAUUACGUGCAGAUUGUGUGGGACAACAUUGAACCCGGAAAGGAGAACAACUUUCUGCUGUACGAUGCGGAUAAGGUAAGCAACUUUGGAACGGAGUACGACUUCGGAAGUGUGAUGCACUACAGCUCGACGGCGUUCAGCAUCAACGGACAGAAGACGAUCGUGGCAUUGAAGGCCACCGAGGACCGAAUGGGCCAACGGGAUGGAAUGAGUGAGAAAGACAUUUUCAAAAUCAAUCGAAUGUACGGAUGCUUCCCAAAAAAGAAAUGAAA